AUAAACAAUAAAACAUUAAAAAUUUUAGAAAACUAGAUAUUAGAAGUAUGUUUUUCCGUAACACUGAACAGAUAUUAAUUCGUAAUUGCUCAUUUAUUUAUUCACAAUCGCAAUAUAAAGAGUUUUAACUUAAACUCGAUCACUUCAAUAUCCAAUCAAUUUAAAACAUUUCAAUCAAUUUAUUUAUCGUUGCCAUAGACGAUGAUAAACAGUGCGUUUCCCUCAUCGCGAUUAAGACAUUUCCACGUGGCACUUUUGUAGCGAGUAUAUUUCCUCUUCUCUAGAAGCAGAUAACAUCCACUCUCUUCGGAACACAAAAGAGCACAGAGGAUGUCCUCCGAAUUGAUGCCAGGUGAUCGAGCCGUAUAUACCGGUAGCGGAAGCGUUCUCUCGCUCGGUCUCCGCGACCGGAUACCGUGGUGUGUCGUGUCCAAGCCGGCUAUGCGCGCCGCCGCCAAUAAUUCCGCUAUUUCGGGCCGUCUAAUUUGGGCCCGGUGACGCUAUGCUUUUAACGGCGGCGUUGAUAGCGAAGCAUCAUCCAGCGCGGCGCACCGUCGCCACCACCACUGUGGCCAGCAAUAACCAUCGGAACGGCGAGAGUUUGGCGGUGGCGAGACGAACGCAGUCUCCCGAAGGCUUGUGGGCCACCUACCUACUGCCGACGCUGGUCCUCCGAUCCUUAAAGUCGAAGCGGCGUGCCGAAAUGUCGGAAAUAGAAGAUCCGCAGGACGUGUCAGAACAAGAUGAUACUCAGGAAGAGACAGCGAAAACAGAGGAGGUCAGCAACAGAGAGGAGGUAGCAAGCUUAACAGAAGAAUCGGAUAGUCCAGAAUUAUCGGAAAAGUCAUCUACGAAGGAAUCCGAAAAAGAGCAGCGAGAGGAAGUUACGGAGACUGAACAAGAGGAAGUCAAGGGGGAAAUUAAAGAGGAAGAACAAGAGGAAAUUAAGGAGGAAGAACAAGAGGAAAUUAAGGAGAAAAUAGAAACGGAGACAUCGAGUCGCGAAGAGUCGCAAAAAGAAGAAACGUCGGACUCAGAGCUGGCGGCUGUCACAAGAAGCGCGUCGUCGGACGACGGCGUGCCAAGUCCGGGGGUGGCCGCGGGACAAGCGAAACCAAGUGAGCCGAGGGUUGGGAUACCAUCGACGACCAUCGCCGACGACGGUAGCAGCGGACAGCAGUGUCGUCGGGUUGGCAGCGGCCCCGGCGUAGCAGUCGGUGAGUGGAAUUCAUUGCCGGUACUGGUAGAACGUCUACGCGAAGCGCUCGAGCUGUCCCUGGCAACGGGUUGCCGACGAGGCGGCGGCGACGAACCGACGGCGACGUCGUUCGCCGAAUCCGAGAGUAGCGGCCCUGAUCGUAUCCGCGCGCGCCGCUCCUUGGAACAGGCGUUGCUCGACGGCCACGAGGACGAUCCCGAGCCGAAGAAGGACGAGCUCAAGUUCCUGGAGGAUCUGCUGCUGUCGGACAUCCAGACCGCACUCUCGCGUUUGCGCGAGACUCUAGAACGCACGGACGUUGCGACACUCGCCAAGUACGGUGGAGUGUCGGAUCCUACAAGCAAGCUUCACUUCCUGCGACUGGUGUCCAGUUUGCUAUCGCGACUACAAGUGCCAGAAGAAAAAGAGAAGACAGAAACGGAGGUCGGUGAGAACGGCAGGACAAUCGGGGCACAGAGUGGCAUCGUCGUCGCAUCGCCUGGACGGAAGCGACGCGCUGUCAGGCAUACCAUCGGUGUCUCCGCCGAAGAAAUCGCGCACGCAAGAAAGCAGCUGGAGGAGAGCAGCGCUGAUUUGGCAAGGCUGAACGACCAAGUAUCGGCUCGACGGGAAUCGUUGCUACCCGCGUCGCGUAACGCGACGAGUAACGAUAGACACGUGGAGGAGAUCCACGACAAGUAUACGAAGGAUGUGAUUAAUCAGCGUCAGUCUUUGCGUGACAAGAACAAGGACUCUCGCGAGGAUACCGUUGCGUAUCGCUCGCUGAUUCCGGCGCAGAUCGCUUACGCAGAUCGGCCGGACACAGUGAGCGGUGAAUCGAAUAUGCAUCAGGCCCGACAUCGAGGUAGCGUAGACAGUUAUCAAGAGAAGGAGAGCGACGACGAAGAAACCGCGAUCAGGAAGGCGAGUGAGGAGCAGAGUCAAGUGACGAAGCUCGCGGCAGCGCUUCGGCAACGUGCAGAAUUGAUCAGCGCAAGCAAGUGCAACAACAACAAUAAUAAUAACAACAAAUUUACGGCGAAAAAGUCGAAAAUCAAGCGCGCCAACACCGUUGACAUACCGAGCUAUCUGAAGCUACAAGCCGAGAGUCUUGAUAAUCCCGGCUGCGUUCUGCUACGACGUCCCAUCAACGUUGGCGACAAGGUCACCGCAAACGCGUCCAAUCUUGCCGUGCCAUCGUUCCAUCCCAAAACGGAGAACGACAAAAAGUUCCUCGCCCUGAUCAACCGAAACAACGAGCCGCAGGCGUACAACGCCGCGCCUGCCUUCGCCAAAUCUUUUGGGUACACCAAGGUGACAGAUAUGUCGUCAUUGACAAACGAGAACUGGAAUAGCCGGUUCUCGAACAUCAAGACCGCUUUCGAUAAACCAUCCGCCGCGAACGAGAUGGAAAACAAACUGUCCCCUAAACCGCAACCAGCGAAACGUUUCCCAAUACCUCCUCAGACGAACAAGAAGACACCAAUCAGCGACAAAGCACACAAUGGCUUCCCGUUCGCGAACGCGUCGAAGGUGGACGCGGGCUUCAGACACGCGCCCUCGUCGCUGUUUCGAAAGAUCGAGAAGACACAGAGGCCAAAGUCUCCGCCCGGCUAUCACUAUCAGAGGGACAAUGCACCACCGCCUGGAAACACCUUACGCGAGAAAGCCAGGAUUAUGUUCGAUCGGGACAGCAACGUUCGUCAGUCACAGCAUCCGGCGAGGUUCAACGCGAAGGAAGACCUCCAGAAAUCUUCCUUCCCGCGACCACCGUGGCUCGAGCAUACGGACAGGCAGAUCGAGGGCAAGUCGAGCAACACGGUCACCGAGAACGGGCGGCUCGAUUAUCGGCUCUUCUGUAAGCAAUUCGCGCCCUUCGUCAGUAAGAACACCGGGAUUCCGGAAUCCAAGACAUCGAGGAACAAUGAGGAAUCCCGUUGCAAGCGCAACGAACACGUCACGCCGUCGAGCGAGAAGGUCGGUGUAGUGGACGGAAAGAUUUCCUUUAAAAUGUAUCCUGAGAAAGAAUCGCAAUAUCGUCCAAACCAGCCGCGUCGCGUCGCGAUCGAGGAACAGACAGAUCGGGACAAGUUCGACCACCGCAGCGAGAAGGAUAUUUUCGAGCCAUUCGCGGUGCGCGACAAUAAGGACUCGACCGGAAGUGCAUUUGCAGGAAAAGCGCCAAUCGAUGCGACGCUGAGAGGUAGCUCGUCUGUGGGUGUCCAGACGGGCGUCCACGGCGAUCAUCAUCCGGAGGAGGCACGCGUGUUUCGGGUGAUUCCUAGAGUCUCGGGCCCGCCGUCCACGUGCAGCAACGCGUCCGUCCAGCCGGAAGUGGAGUCCAGGGAACAGUGGGCAACGCCUCGACACGACGAUGCGACAUUGGAUUCAGGAUAUUGUCCUGCCGAGGAUCCGAAGCACUUCAUCCUGGACCACAAUCGAAAUUAUCGUAUCGUGGCGACUGACGACGCUCCGAAAAACGAAACUUUGCCGUUGGUGAACAAGAACGUGUGCGAUCUCGUCGAGGAAGACAUCAUUCGUGCACCCGAUUCGAUGGAGAAAGUUCCUCUUCCGGCGACUCUUGGCUAUCAAUCGCCAAAACAACUCGAGCAAAUCUUCGACACGAAUCCGCAACACGAAGAUUGUUUCUCGUCUAAACCAGUGAUGGAUAAUCGAUCGCAGAUACAUCAGAAUUAUCCGCCGUACAUUAAAUCUAAUACGGAUCCGUUUCAUGAGAAUCAGAUAUCGAACGUAACGCCGCGCGAAAUCGAAGAUUUCUCGUAUACGAACGGCGGCGCUUUGCCGGAGGAGCAGAAUAUCCAAAAUCAGGACAUCAGCGCGGACGCUGGCGUUGUCACGCGAUAUACCUGCGUGAUCGCGACCGUCGCAUCCACGGAUACUCCGGAAUCGCGAUCCGAGUAUCUGAGUAUUUCCGAGCCUGAAACUGGCGCGUUGCCCGCCCCUUCGUCGCCCUUGCAACUCCGGUCGCAUCCGACCAACAACGAGAGCGUCACGACCGAGGAGGAGAUACGCCGGCACAACAUGCUGCAACAAAGCCUGGUUCGCCGGCUACAGAACGAGCGUGUAAUGCUAAACGAUCAUCACGUGCCCAUCGCUAAUCAAUCCGGCAAUUUCAAUCAAUCCAGCGACUUUAAUCCGCUUCUGAAUACUUUUAAUCAGCCUUCGAAGUGUCUACCGCCCGAAGUGCCGAAAAAACUGGAUUUGCCGAGAAGAUUGGAGCCACCGAGAAGGUUGGAGUCGCCGAGAAAAUUGGAACCGUCGAAGAAGCCGGAACUAUCGAAGAAACCGGAACCACCGAAGAGGUUGGAACCGCCGAAGAAGCCAAAAUGUCCACCGGUGGUCACCAGUGGUUUGUUGUCGGUAACGCCGUCUUUGGCAUUCGGCCCGACAAAUCGCGUCACCGCGCUCAGGGGACAGUACGAGCUGCCGAAACCGGGGACAGAGCAAAAGGAACGUUCGCCGAUUCCAAACGGCGCAAUGGACCCGAGCGACGAGUACCUGGUGUCCUGCGCCAAUAAACCAUCCAGAUCCAUCGUCCUGUCCAAGUCCGAAUCGUGGCAUCAGCUGGCGCUCUCCAAAGGCUCGUCGCGUCCGUCGCAGAUCGACAGUUCACCGCAGCCUCUCAACCGAGGUGUGUCCUACCUCCCGAAACCGCCGACGAAGCCAAAGUCGCCAUCGUCCUUCAAGAUGAAGAAGCAAUACGAGGCGUCCUCGUCCUCGAUCAGCGUGAAGAGAAUGGAGGACAAGAUACGCAGGUACUUCGACAAUCCGACCACGAACGACAGCGCCGCGGAGAUGAGGGACUCGAAGAACAGACGUUUCUCGUCGCGCGACUCGGCGAAGGGUCCGAUCGCUCUGUCCAGGAGUCGCACCAUGCCAGGAAUAUCCGAUGGGAGUCUGCGCCUGCUGAUUCCGGCGCCGCAGAUUCCCGCGAUGAAUCUCAACAGCGCCGAAGUGGACAAGGAGUUUGAUGACAUCUUCGAGGAGGCUACCAAAAACGACGAUUAUCGCUUCUGAUCGGUCAUCCUUUUUCGUCCGUGUCGUAAACCCUUUGCGUUACAUACGCGAGAAACUGAUUACGACAAAAGUGACAUCCGUCCGGGACUUUUAAAUUCUUGGUGCAAGUCUGCGCCGCGCUGAACAUGAUGAUAAGAACACUUGUACGAUCGCCGUUAAUCUCGCUCGCUAUACAACGAUGUGGAUCGCUAAACUGUGAUUUUACCCAAUCGACUACUAUAAUUUUAGACGACGCAUUGUCUCCUUUGUCAGUUAAUUCUAAUCAGACUAUUUAUAUUAGAAAUUUGCUUACGUUUGUCGUUGGUUUUCUUCUAAAAGCAAGGUCUGUUCCCAUAAAGAGACUUAAAAUUAAUUAUGGUUUAAGUAGAUUUCUGUUUCCUUCCAAGAAUUAUUUAAUGGGAGUAAAAUAUUCUUUUCUUUUCGUAAAAAUAAAUUCAGUAUUAUCUGAG